AUGUUCAACUUCAACAGCACAGACCCAGACGCAAACGAGAAGCCUAGUCUACUCUCAAAUUUCAAAUACCCGACAUGGCGGCCCAACAACACAACAAAAAUAGAGUCAGAGGAUCCAAGUUCAACCUCACCCCAUAGCCGCGCGUGGAUUAAAGGUGUCGUGUUAUGCUCAUGGGUUAUUGCCACCGUCCUCGCAAUAAACAUUGUUCUGACGAUCAUCGCUGUGGGUGUUGCCUAUUCAAAAAAUGGCGAAGACGAUUUCGCCUUCGCAGCGCUAUAUACAGGGAAAUGCUCGCUUGCUAAGAACUGGGCGACGGGAAUACAUCUUAUAAUCAAUAUUCUAAGUACGGCCUUGCUGGGAGCGAGUAACUACUGCAUGCAAUGCCUUGCGUCUCCGUCUCGAGCGCAAGUUGAUACAGCCCACAGUAAGCGGGUCUGGCUGCCUAUUGGGGUCCCGAAUAUCCGGGGCUUGCUCUGGAGGGAGCGAGGAAAGAGGCAGCUGCUUGGGUGGAUCUUGCUGGCUACAUCACUGCCUAUUCAUUUGAUUUACAACUCCGCUAUCUUUUUCUCGAUCGGCCCGGCAGAUUAUGCGGUGGUGAUAGCACCCCCUGAUCCGAUGAACGGAACUGGAUCGGCGGGUUGGAAUGAGUGCUUUGAAAGUACCGUUGGCCUGGAUAUAGAAACGGUUAGAGCCGAGAUGAGUCGUUCGGAUCUCAAGAAACUUUCCAUUAAAGAUUGCAUUGACACUUUCGCCCAAGACUAUGUAUCCGGGCAAAGGAUGCUCGUUUUGGUGACGGAGGAUCCAAUGCCAGACGGCGAGCCUUUGGCAUUCAUGGGACCACUAAAUUCCAUUGGCACCCACAAGGAUGGCACCAAUAUUUUUUUGGAUGAGAUGGUUGGUGGGAUGUGUCCUCCUGAUUACUGCAGCAAAGAUCUUGUGAAUAAGAUGGUUAAUGGGGAGGAAUGGACCGUCCAGCCAGUUGUGAUAGAUUCAUGGGUAAGGGCGCGGAUCCCUACUGAGAACGGAUCCCAGAUCGUCUCAUAUUCGUCCAAUCCGCCUCCCCACACGCCAGAUACCAUACGCUUGCACAAAGUUCUGGACACAGCCAGACACAAGGACGAGGUGCAGGCUGCACUUGACGAUCCCUCUAAUUGGACCAAUGCUUCCUUUCCAGGAAAUGUGACGCUAUUUCAGUUGCUUCAAUGUCCUAACAGUCUACCUCCCAGAGUGGUGGCGCCAAAAUCUCGAAUUCGGCAUUGUUUGACACUUCCCAGGGAUGAGUCUUGCCGACUGAUGUUUAGCCCGCCAAUUUGUCUGCUUGUUAUUGGGUGUAACUUGGUAAAACUUAUCUGCGCGCUAUUGACUGCACACGAUGGUAGGGAGGAGCUGUUCCUUACAAUUGGGGACGCGAUCGCAUCUUACCUUGCUUGCCCAGAUACAAGAACAGAGGGGGGCUGUCUGCUAUCUAAGUCGCUGGUAGUCAAAGGGUCUCAGGGCUGGCACAGGAAGAUGAACAGGAAGGACAAGAGGCUGGAUAUUCCAGUAUGCUCAAAGAUUGCACUUCAACUACCUUCCCGAAAGCGAUGGUUUCAAGCCGUGAGCACGGGACUGUGGAUCUCCACAAUCACCCUAUUUCUCUGCAUAAUUGGCCUGAGCAUCUUUGCUCUCAUCGUCGCCAUCGACUGGUUUCCCUCUUUGUCUCGCGAAGCCGUAUGGGACAACACUCUAGGGGAAGCACGCCCAUCAACUCUACUACGCAUAGACGCCCCACCCGGCGCAGCGGGAACAUUCGCCAUGAUUCUCCUGCCCAACGCCCUACAACUCCUCGUCUCGACCGCCUACUUCAUACUCAAUGCCAUGCUGACCGCUAUGCUCGGAGCCAUGGAAUACAACGACUACGCGCGAAAUCGCAAACCACUGCGCGUCUCCUGGCCACGCGGCGCCCAGCGCUCCACUUACUACCUCUCACUGCCGUAUCGAUACAGCUUCCCGCUCCUGGUCGCCUCCGCGGUUCUACACUGGGUGGUCUCGCAAAGCUUCUUCUUUGUACAGAUCACCCCCUUUGAUAUACAUGGCGAGCCUAUCCCUUUGCGGGAGUCUACCACAUGUGGUUACUCACCUAUUGCUAUAUUGGUCGCUAUUAUUGUUUUCGGCUUGCUACUUCUCGUCCCAGUAGUACUCGGCCUGCGCCGUUUUGAAUCCCCGAUGCCGCUGGUGGUACAAUGUAGUGCGGCGAUUAGCGCCGCCUGCCAUCCUACAACGUCCAGCAUGGACGACAGCGCCAACCAUGCACUCAAACCUGUGCAGUGGGGUGAGAUUCCGGGCAUCUACUCGGAUCGAGGCCCGAUGGUAUUUUCACAUCGGAUCGAUGGUGAGGAGGAUGAUGAUGCCAGUGGGAGAGGGGGUGGAGAUGAGGAGCUGCAACAAAUGCUGCCGAACGCAGAGCCUAAUGAUUUGACUCGCACUGGUGCUGCGAUACUGGAACUGUAUCAUUGUACUUUUACGUCGGAGGAUGUGUGUGAACCGAGGAAGGGGUGCGUUUAUAUUUAG